CAGAAAAUGGUACAAGUGCUGCUGCAAUUGAGACAUUAUCAAAUGCGGGUAUAUCUGCAUCAUAUAAAACAAUUGAAAAUUAUAAGAAAACAAUAAAAGCAAACCAUCCUAAAGAAAUUGAAAAAUAUUUUGCCAAUAAU